UACGAGGUGUCUGGUGAGGCACACCUCUACUCCGACUUCCCUGAGAUUGAUUUGUCCCAGCUGGAUGCCAGUGACUUCGACUCGGCCACCUGCUUCAGCGAGCUGCAGUGGUGUGGGGAGCACUCGGAGACCGACUCCAGCCAGUACAGCACCACAGAUGACUCCGAGCUCUUCCAGAUAAUAGACAGCGAGAACGAAGCGCUGCUGGCAGCCCUCACCGAGACUUUGGAUGAUAUACAGGGAGAUGACAUGGGCCUGACUGCCUUCCGCUCUAUGGAAGAGGGGGACACGCUCAACCAUGCCUACACUUCGCCUGCCCCCUCCCCCAAACCCACUGCCCCGGUCAUGGGAGGGCCACCCCCGGCCCCCGAGUUUGAUGAGCUGUCUCUACUGAAGAAGUUGCUCCUCUCGCCGUCACACGUGUCUCUGAGCUGCGAGGCUCAGCGGGACGGGAGCGCCCGGCACCCGGGGACCCCUAAAUCCCGACCAGCACGGCCUUGCGCUAAGGUGGAGGGUACCCGGGACAGGAGGGCGAGCAUCCCGCAGGCGCAGAGCCGCAGCUGCACCGAGCUGCACCGGCACCUCACCUCCACCGCCCCCUGCUCCCAGACCAAAGUCCUCCGAGCACCUGAGGAGUGCCCCAGCGACCGCCGCCACUCCUCACUGGAGGAUGGCUCCAGCAUCCAGUUCUCCUGUGAGGGGGAGAUGCACUCGGUGGUGGAGCUCAUCCGCUACAUGCACACCUACUGCCUGCCGCCACGGAAGCUGCCCGCCCGCGAUGCCACUGACGCCAAGCCCCAACACUGCAGCAGCCCCUUCAAGAGAGCCAAACCGGACUCCCCUGCUCAGCCGGCACCCUCCGGCAGUGCCCAGAGCCGGCCGGGCUGUGCAUGGCAGGCAGCUGGGGGCUGCAAGAAGCCCAGAGCAUCCUUCUCCAUCCUGAAGGAGCUGCUGGCGCGGGAUCUGCUGUGCGACGUGAGCAAGCCAUACCACCUGGGCAAGCCUGUGUAUGCUGCCCUGGCCCAGCCACCCGGCUCCUGCUCCCCUGUGCCACUGGCCCAGGACGGGGAGGACACCAGUGGGACCUGCACAUCCAGAGCCAAAAUGGUGCUGGAGAAGGGUGAGCAGUGGCAGAGGCCCGGGGCCGAGGCAGAGGCACCGCAGGAGCCAGGUGGCCUUGAGGAUGAUGCUGGGAAGCGUGCGGGUGCCCUGGGCUCAGCCAUAGGGAAGGUGGCCCGCAAGCAGGAGACCACCAUUUACGCAGUCCGGCGCUCCAAGAGACUCAACCCUGAGCUCGGCCACUGGCUCUCCUUCCUUGAUGAGCUGACCCCCGAGCCCUCUGUCACCCGGGAGGCAGGGGACAGCUGUUGCCCCCGGGACGCUCUGGCGUGCAGGGAGCCCACGUCGUGUCCGGUGCUGGAUGGCUUCUCCGCUGAAGAGCCAGCAGCUGAAGUGGAGGUGGGGGGCACGGAGGAGGGAGAUGGCGGGAGCUCAGCACCGGCGUCAGAGCCCCUCUCCUUGGGCUCCCCAGGCGAUGGCGAGGUGGGCGAUGGGGCUGAGAGCCGACGCUGUGUCCUCCUGGAGCAAGCAGAAACACCCCGGUGUCUCACGCUGUCUUUGGCACAAACUGACCCAACCUUUGGAAAGAGAAACUUUGAGCCAAUGCUGACCGUGGAGCUAUGUGGGACAGCAGGUCUCACGCCACCCACCACCCCACCAUACAAGCCUGCUGAGGAGGACCUGUACAAGCCAGACAUCCCCCAGGAGCCAGGGAAGGAGGAUGGGACAGCCCGCAGCCCCGGGGGCACAGGGGACAUGGCAGCCUCCCAGAAAGCCCCCAGGAAGCACCCUGAGAGGACAGAGCUCUUCGCCCACCUGAGCCGAGCCGCCAGGCGCCCCGCACUCCCCGAGCAGCAAAGCGUGCUCAAGCGGCCCUUCUCCCGCUCCUUCGGGGACCAUGACUACUGCCAGGUGCUGAAGCCGGAGGCCACCCUGCAGAGGAAGGUGCUUAAGUCGUGGGAGCCCCCUGGCCAGGUGGAGACGGAGCACAAGAGGAGGGUCCCAGCCGCCCACUACCAGGGGCUGGACCUCGGUGGCAAGGAGGCAGGCGGCGAGAUGCUGUGGAAGGAUGGCAUCAAGCAGCUGAGAGACCAGGAGAUCAGAGCCAGCUUAACAAAGCACUUUGGCUUUCUGGACAGUGCUCUUGACGAUGAGGACAUGGUCUUCUGCAAGACCCCUGAGUAUGACACUGUCUUUGAAGACAGCUGCAGUGAGAGUGGCUCCCUGGUGGAAGAGGAGGAGGAGGAGGAAGAGGAGGAGGAGAAAGAGCCUGGCAACACCAAGCUGUGUCUGAGGAGAAACCCCCUUUCCAGGACCAGUUUGCAUUACUGUUCCCGGAGCAGGUCCAGCUCGGGGUCUUCAUGCUGCCGGUCCCGAUCGCCCGCAAGCAGACGCACCUUCAGGUGUGAGAACGGCGAGCAGUGCCAGGGCAGGAGUGGGCACCGGGGCCAGCUGGAGAAGAGACAGGAAAAGGCCAUCGGGGAAGGACGGGUGGUGUACAUCGGAAACCUCUCCAGCACCAUGAGCUCCAGCGAACUGAAGAAACGCUUUGAAGUGUUUGGUGAAAUCGUGGAGUGUCAGGUCCUGUCCAGGACUAACAGGGGGGAUAAAUAUGGCUUCAUCACCUACCGGUAUUCAGAGCAUGCCGCCUUAUCUCUGAAGAACGGCACCUUGCUAAGGAAGAGGAAUGAGCCUUCAUUCCAGCUCAGCUCUGGUGGCCUUGGGCACUUCUUCUGGACCAGAUACGCUGACUUGGAUUGCAGCGUGGAGGAGUCCUCCCCAGCUCCAGUGAAAAGCAAGUACGAGACCAUGGAUUUUGACAGCUUGCUGCAGGAGGCCCAGCUAAGCCUGCAUCGGUAA